AUGCACCUCUUCCGCCGGGGCACGUCCUCGCUCUUCAGCUCCUCCAAUGUUUCCCUCGUUUCCUCCAGGACCGACACCGACACCGACGCCGUGGGCGACAAUGCGCUUGCCCAGGAGGGAUUCCGGUCCGUCUCUGAAUCUGAUCAGCUAUUCACAAAGCCAGAUCCGGCUGUGGAUGGCGAGGAAUGCCUGCACGACUGUGCAACAUGUACUGUGAAAUACCCCGCCAAAUUCGACAUUGACCAUGAAGACGAGUUAUAUGGACAGGUCAAGGGGUGGGCGACACAUUUGCUGGUGGCUACGGGGAAGUCAGACUGGGUGCGCGACGUGGCCGACGAGGUGGGCAGUGUGAUGGAGGCGAUCGAGAAAGGAGGAGUAGAACCGAGCAAUGGGAGACUCAAGCUGUCCGCAUCCAACAUGCCCGUCCCAGACGAAUACCACAUGCACGAGGCGGGCAAGCAGCCCACAGACGUGCUUCUGCUGCCCAGUUUCACGGUCGUCGAGCAUGUCACCCCGCAAUUGGCGCCGGACUUGAUCGAGCACUUUGUCAACAAGUCUCUGACAACAACCACACCACUGGGCGCCUCACCAGCAAGCCAAGCAGGCCGGGAUGGGAAGGAAUCCCCACAGCCACCAAACACAUCCCUCUCAACCCCGCUCCGCUCACAUCCCUGCCCCCAUGCCGCCGUCAUCCUCCUCUGCUCCCAGCGCACCCGCGACGCCCGCUGCGGCCAGUCCGCGCCUCUUCUGCGCCGCGAGUUCGAGCGCCAUCUGCGCCCGCUGGGCCUGUAUCGCGACAUGGACGACACGCGGCCCGGCGGCGUGGGCAUCUACUUUAUCAGCCAUGUCGGCGGCCACAAGUACUCGGCGAACGUGAUCGUGUACCGGCGGCGCGACUUUGACUGGUACAAGCGGGAAGGCGCCGACGCCAGCGAGAAUGACGAGGGCGCGGCGCAGGGCAUCUGGCUGGCGCGCGUGCGGCCGGAGGAGUGCGAGAAUAUCAUUCGGUAUACAGUGCUUCAGGGCAAGGUGCUCAAGCCCGGGAAGCAGUUGCGGGGUGGCUUUGAUCGGGCACGGGGGGUGACGAGCUGGUAG